GAUUAAUCCCAUGAUGCUUCUAUUCGAGGUAUACUUUGUUUUUAAAUGGAUAGAUUUCAAGACCUUCAAAAUUAUUCAUUCCACGCCACGUGGGAUUUGGGUAGAAAUUUGAUUAAACCAUUUGAUAUAUUAGUAAGACAAAUAGAUGAGCACAUUCGAGAUGAAACACAUGAAACAUUUGUAGAGGAAGGAUUACUAUUUAAAAGUUACCUCUACAUGUCAGGGAUUGGUGGAACAGGUAAUAAAAACAUGAAAACUGCAAAAGACUGCCUUAAAGAUGUGAGCACCCGUUUGGAAUCAUGGGAAGAGUCUCCGAAGAAGGACGGUUUUUAUUCAGUCAUGUAUGCCCUCGAAGCAUGGGUCGAUAUGGAUAAAACUGUAGAUAGACUUAAUAAUUUGAAAAAACUGCAUCUUGAGCACUUGCAAGCAACUAAAGCGAGUUUUGAAGCAUGUAAUCAUUAUAUUAAGGGCUUUGCUUUAUCAAGGUUAGGUAUUAAUCGCUAUGAUGAGUGCAUUGAUGAAUUCCGUCAAGCGACUGAAAAAUGUCCAGACGAUGUUGAAUAUUUAUUUUCUUUGGCAUUCAUGACACGCAGAAUUAGUGGGCCCGAGGUUGGCGUGGAAUGUAAAAAAAUGUUACUUAAGGUACUGGUGAAAAAAGAGGAUUACCUGUUUGCUAAAGUAGAAUUAGCUUAUUUAGCUUACUUGGAAGGAAAUGCAGAUAGCGCUACUAACCUUUUAGAAGAAGUCACAACGUCAGUGGCAAAUGAGCAAUCUAUUACACCCGAAAAUAUGAAGAUCGUAGGACACGUUAUGAAAAUUUACCUAAAAUUGAAUAAACCUGAAAAGGCAAAACAAACGUACUUAAUGGCAGAGGAAAACGGUAAAGUGAAUUCAUUUGUUGCUCACCAGAGAGCGAGAGUGGCAAGUACUCAGAAAGAUUGGAAAAACUUCGGGAAAUUUCUUAAUGAUGCUGUGAAAAUUAAUAAUUUCAAUCUAUCCGCAACGAUGCAAUUAGCUAAGCAUAGAUUAAUCACUAGUAAAGCUGAUAAUGCAGGCGUAAUGAAAAUAUUUGAUAAGAUGUUAACUGAUCGUUCACGCGACGAACUAGCAGUAAUACAAAUUCUAACUUCAUAUGGCGACAUGUUGAAAAAACGUCAAGAAUCCUUUCGAAUACAGCCAUGCACUAAUCCACAAGCUAACAAUUGGAUCAUGGCUUUUAAGAAAUUCAACAACACUGAUAAGCAGCAAAAGGAAAACAAGCAGUAUGGAGAAUACAAAGUAUAUCCAGAAGACCCAAGCGCAAACCCAAACGAAUAUCAAGAAAAACAAUAUUCCUCUAUCGAUCUUGCAAGAACAGUUUGCGACAACAUUGCUUACAUUUUAGACAACUUGAACGGAUUUUCAUUGGUAUUUUGA